GAAUCUUGAAACAGAGAGAAGAAGAGUUGAAAAUAUUGAAAGAAUGGAUGAAGCUAGCAAGACCCAAGUUCCCAGGAUUAAGCUGGGCAGUCAAGGCCUUGAGGUCUCAAAAUUGGGGUUUGGAUGCAUGGGACUGACUGGAGUCUACAACUCUCCAGUUGCUGAAGAGGAGGGAAUCUCAAUAAUAAAAGAGGCUUUCAAUAAAGGAAUCACUUUCUUUGACACAGCUGAUGUAUAUGGACCUCAUACCAAUGAAAUUCUUGUUGGGAAGGCACUGAAGCAGUUGCCGAGGGAAAAAAUUCAAUUAGCCACAAAGUUUGGCAUUUUUGAAAGAGUGGAUCCUCCUGGUGUUACAGCCAAGGGUACUCCAGACUAUGUCCGCUCAUGCUGUGAGGCUAGCUUGAAGCGUCUUGAUGUGGACUACAUUGAUCUUUAUUAUCAACAUCGGGUGGACACUUCAGUGGCUAUAGAGGAAACUAUGGGUGAGAUGAAGAAGCUGGUGGAAGAAGGAAAAGUAAAGUAUCUCGGGUUAUCUGAAGCCAGUCCGGACACCAUAAGGAGGGCGCAUGCAGUUCAUCCCAUCACGGCUCUACAGAUGGAGUGGUCCCUCUGGACUCGUGAUAUUGAGGAAGUGAUUGUUCCACUUUGCAGGGAACUUGGUAUUGGAAUAGUACCAUAAAGUCCUCUUGGUCGUGGGUUUUUCGGUGGCAAAGCAGUGGUGGAAAGUGUGCCUUCAAAUAGUUUCGUGUUAGAUUCGAGACUUCCUCGAUUCAUAGGAGAAAACUUGGAGAAGAACAAGAAUAUUUUUAAUCAAAUGGAAAGGCUUGCUAAGAAGCACCAAUGCUUCACUGCUCAACUAGCACUAGCAUGGGUUCUCCACCAAGGAGAUGAUGUUGUACCUAUCCCAGGGACAACAAAGAGUAAGAACCUGGAUGCAAACAUCGGCUCCUUGAAGGUGAAACUUGAGGAAGAGGACUUGAAAGAAGUUUCUGCUGCUGUACCACUCGACCAAGUCGCUGGUGACAGAACUAGCGGAUCCCUGAUGCCUUUGCAAUGGAAAUUCGCCAACACUCCCAAAAAAAAGAAUCCAAGGUCUGAAGAGUUCUGACAUUAUAUGUAUUCUAUGCAAUUGGCAAAAUGAAGUGGAACUUGCAAUUUCUUAAGUAACCCCAAUAAUGAGAGGGCUCUCCUUAUGAUGUGUCUAUAUUUUGGCAUAAACUGGAGAUUAUUACAUUUCCUUUAAAACCUCUCUUACUCCAAUCUCAGCAGAUACUAAACCAUCAGUAGGAAUGUUAACAUACAGAAGGGGGAGCCAUUGAUGCUGGAUUGCUGGUCAUUGAACAUAUAUACAUGUCCUGAUUCAGUUCCU